AGGUAUUUUCAAAAUGUGAUGUCAUGUAAACGUCAAAAUUAUAUUAUUACUUUUUGUUGUACAAAAUUUUAAAGUUAGCUGGUUUAAACAAAUUAAUAUUAUGCCUUUUACAUCGCAUAAACCGAAAUCCACAGUAACUGUAAAGAAAAAACCACCGCCUAGACCACCACCCCCUAACUUUGGGAAAUACAAAAGUAAGUCGACAUUAAAUUUAAAUCAACCAAACCAAAAUGUGAACCUUAUUGAAUGGAGUCCACCGAAUUCACCGAAGAUAGAAAGAGUUCGACAAUUUGGCGGCAGUGUCUCAAGCUCAUUUAGUAGUAGUACUAGCAGUUUAGCUUCUAGUAAAAAAUCAUUCGAAUUUGAACUUCCCAUAUCAAAUAAUGUGUGGCCCAUACAAGCAAGUAGCAAUUCAGUGCCCCAAAAUAACGGAGGAAGUUUUCAAAGUUACAUCACUCCAAUAACUAACAAUUCUAGUACAAAGUCUGGAUACUCUUCAAGUUUAAAUGUGCCUUUGUUUUUUGGUUCAACAACGGUUCCAACUAUUAUACGUCCACACAUUAAAAAAACGAAAACUGAAGACUGUUCUACAUCUGGAUCGCCUCCCAUGCCUAGUAUUCCACCUCCCAGUCCACCUAAAGUUGAAACUGAAAUUGAAACUCCCUAUGGAAUAGCCUUAUAUGAUUAUCCAGCAAGUCACACAAGCGACCUUGGCUUACAAGUGGGCGAUGUGGUUAUUUUCCUAGGAAGAAUAAAUGAUGAUUGGAUCCAUGGAAGAGUUCUUGAUAAAGAAGGGAUUUUUCCUGAACAAUUUGUGGAUGUAAAAGUACCUCUGAAAGGUGAAGAAAACACAGUAACUGCACUCUAUGACUUUUCAGGGCAAGUGCCUGAAGAUUUAUCUUUUAAGGAAGGUCAGAAAAUAAAGGUUACCAAAAAAAUUUCGGAAGAAUGGCUAUAUGGCGAACUUAAUGGAAAAUUUGGACAAUUUCCAAGUAAUUUUGUUAACAGAGUACCUACAAAGUUAUAAUUGAAUCUAUGACAAUAACCUUUGCAUCAGUGUAACACAAUUAGGAGUAUUAUUCAAUGUGUGAUGUAUAUUUAUAACACAAAAUGUGAUACUGAGUGCCUCUACUUAAGGCAUAAUUUGUUAUAUUUUAUAUAGGCUAAUCUAAUGUUACUCAUGUUUUAUUUUUAUGAAUAAUAAAAU